AUGAGUCAUCAUUCGGUUCCCGUAACGAAAGCUGCAUGCGCUGGAUGCACCAGGCCAGAAGAAGCAGAUGACCUUGUCCAAUGUGACGCCUGUGAUACGUGGUGGCCCUUCAGCUGUGCCAACGUGACAGAAUCGGUCAGCGAUCAUGCCUGGGUGUGCAUCCGAUGCAAGUCUAACUCCCGCGCUUCUACGAGAGCCAGUGUCAUUAGUCGAUCAUCGUCACAGUUGGCCGAUAAUAUGGCUCGUCUGCGGGAACAACAAGAGUUAGAGAAACAACGGGCGGAAAUCGAACUAGAGAAAAAGUUUUUGAGAGAGCAACAAAACCUGUUGGAGGUUACGAUUGCUGCCGAGGCUGAGAGAAGAAGCCAAGUGAGCCGUGAAGAUAGCAUGAGAAGAGUUGAGGACUGGAUCGGGAGUAGCGCGGGUCUGCAAACUAGCGCGGCAGGUCAAAUGCCAGCGGCUGCAGCAGCCCAGCAGCAUAACCCGGGAUCAACGCACAUCAAUUCCGACGCAGAAGCGGCAAGAAGCAGCACCAAGGAAGUACCCACGGGGGUACUGUCCAAGUUGGACAAUCAACAACAUAGUCCUCCACUACGCGCUCAAACCAUCCCAACGUCGGCGGCCAGUGAUAUGAAUCACUCCCAGCCCGUCCCUUCAGAGAAAGUUGAUGCUGAUCGACAGAAGACCAUGGAUAUGGUCCGUAAUUUGCGAGUGAGACUAACGCGUUGUCUGGAGAAAUCAGACCCAACCUUUCCUGAGUUGGCCGAUCUGCAAGAAAAGUGGAAAUUAUUAUCGGUGAAUAAUACAAACGAGAUUUCGCAACCCGGUGCGGGAGAGUUACGUACCAAUCCGGAGCAAACGCAGAUUUCUACGGGUAAGUGUCAGGCCUCUGAGAGCCAAAUCAAUAAAGAGAUAGAAAACAGUGUUUCUCAGGUAAAAUCGCUUCCAACCAUGCAAAAUUCCCAAAACGAGCAGCAGCGUUUAGUUUACGCGCACUCUAAUUUGAUUAAUAACAACAAUACGUUAUCAAUACAGACCAGUAGCCAUUGUACCCCUUUUCCCCUUGCAAACACCCAACCAAUAUCCACUGUGCACCAUUCAAUGCCACAGCUGUUUGUGCAGCAGUCAUAUUCGACCGCGCGACAACCUAUAGUGCAGCGACCGAAUACAGUGCAGCAGUCUUCGGUGUCGCUCUCAGUGCAACCACCUUCGGUGUCGUUUUCCAUGCCGCAGCCUUCAGUGUGGCAGACUUCGGUACAGCCUACAGUACAACAGACUUCGUUGCCACUUUCGGUGCAACAGUCACUAUUGCAGCCGUCAUGUCCUGUGGUGCAGCCCUUUGUGCAACAGCCUAUAUUGCAGCAGCCGAAUGCAAUGCAACAGCAGCCUUCGGUGUCGUCUUCGGUGCAGCCACCGCCAGAGCAGCAGCCUGCGGUACAGUCCACAAUGCGCCAACCGUUGCAGAGACCGUUUGUGAUGCAGCCUCACGUUCAACCAAUUGCGUUGCAACCAUCGGUGCAUCAGUCAUCUGCAGCUGCGAACUAUGCACAACAAUCUUUUAUACAGCAACCUGCAGCGCACCAAUAUUCAAUGCAGUCUUCGAUGCAGCAGCCACACACAACGUUGCAACCAUCUGGGAUUCCGUUAUCAAAUGUGUACCAAGAAGUGAGAGAACCGACACCCACUCAGCAGCAGCUCACAUCACGCCAAUCGUUAGCUCGUGAUCUCCCUACGUUCUCGGGGGAUCCAGCUGAGUGGCCAAUAUUCAUUUCCAACUUUGAAUAUACCACAAAAACGUGCGGCUACACUAACGGAGAGAAUAUGAUACGCCUUCAAAGGUGCUUGCGUGGGCAUGCAUUGGAGAGUGUUCGAAGUCGGUUGGUUUAUCCAACAGCGGUUCCGCAGGUGAUAGAGACGUUGCGUAUGAGAUACGGGCGACCGGAGUUGUUAAUCAAUACCCUGUUGCAGAAAGUUAGAACGAUGCCAGCUCCUCGAGGUGAUAGAUUGGAGUCCCUUAUCGAGUUCGCAAUGACUGUGCAAGAGUUGUGCGAUCACAUUGAAGCGGCGAAUGAAAAGGCUCAUUUGUCUAACCCCACUCUCCUGCAAGAGCUUGUUGGAAAGCUGCCAGCAAGUCAGAAAUUGCUGUGGGCAGAUUACAAACGAAAGUAUGCCGUGGUAGAUCUGAAAACCUUCAGCGAUUACAUGACCGGGGUGAUGCAGGCUGCUUCAAGCGUGGUGUCUUAUGAACCAGAUCCAAAGAAAAACAGUGGAAAGGAGAAGAUAAAAGUGUAUGUGAAUUCGCAUACGACUAAGCCUGAGGAGGUAUCUAGUGUGACGGCGUCGCAAUCUAAGCCGUGUGUUUGUCUACAUUGCGACAAGGAAGGGCAUAAGCUGCGUGAUUGCCAAUCGUUUAAAAUUCUUUCGAUCGAUGAUCGUUGGCGACGGAUUCGGGCGUUGAGCUUCUGUCAAAUCUGCCUAUAUAGACAUGGUAGAAGAGCAUGCCGUAAUAACAACCGUUGCAACGUAAGCGGCUGUCAGUUCAAACACCAUCCUUUGCUGCACGGGAAGCCAAUGGCUCCUACGACGCGAGUGGUGAAUAGUCAUAGCCAUCGGACUUUGAAUUCUGGUGUGCUGUUCAGAAUUAUACCCGUAACGCUGCACGGAAUAUCGGGGAAAAUUAAUACAUACGCCUUUCUGGACGAGGGAUCGUCAGUAACUCUUGUAGAAGGCAGUUUGGUGACCAAGCUUGGCAUAACAGGAGAUCCCCACCCGCUCUGUCUGAGGUGGACUGGGAACACAUCUCGGGUUGAGGAAGAGUCGCGGACCGUGACGAUUACAAUUUCGGGAUCAGAACAGCAGCGACACUUUAAGCUAGUAAACGCUCGCACAGUGAAGAACUUAGACCUGCCGACACAAUCUUUUGACCUAGAGAAGGCAGCGGAGAAAUUCACCUACCUGAAGCAGCUGCCAAUCCAGAGCUACCAUAAUGCCAGACCAGAAAUUCUUAUCGGCUUGGAUAAUUUGGAACUUGCUGUACCGUUGAAGACGAAGGAGGGCGAUGGACCGAUUGCCGUUAAAACUAAACUAGGAUGGUGUAUCUAUGGUUCAGGUUCACGAGUCCACGAAGCCUUUAGCUUCCAUAUUUGCGGCUGUACGAGAGACGACGAGUUACACGAGACUGUCAAGCAGUUUUUCGCUGUAGAGGAGAACGGAGUGAAGCAGCUUGGUACCGUCCUUAGCGCAGAAGAAAAACGAGCACAGGAGCUGUUGGAAAAUACGACGAAACGUGUUGGCGAACAUUUUGAAACGGGCCUAUUGUGGAAAGAGGAUGAGAUCGAGUUACCAGACAGCUACAGCAUGGCAUUGCGAAGAUAUCACUGUCUCCAACAGAGGAUGGAACGCAACCCAGCUUUAGGUGAGAAUAUCCGCCGUCAAAUAAACGAAUACGUACAAAAGGGUUACGCACAACGGGCAAUAUCCGCUGAUCUGAAGAGUGCGGAUCCUAGGAAAGUUUGGUUCUUGCCAUUGGGUGCUGUUACAAACCCUAAAAAACCAGGGAAAGUGCGUCUUAUAUGGGACGCCGCGGCCAAGGUUCCUGGUGUGUCGCUAAACAGUACAUUAUUGAAAGGGCCUGAUCAGUUGACACUUUUACCUGCUGUACUGUUCCGUUUCCGUAUGUUCUGUAUAGCAGUUAGCGCAGAUAUUGAACAGAUGUUCCAUCAGCUGUUCAUUAGACCAGCCGACAGGAACUCGCAGCGGUUCUUGUGGUGUGACCAGCCUGGUGGAGAAGUAGAAACUUACCUAAUGAACGUUGCUACUUUCGGCGCUACGUGCUCACCUGCAUCUGCGCAAUUCGUGAAGAAUUUGAACGCCAAGGAACACAUCCAGCAGUACCCAAGGGCCGUCGAAGGAAUCUUAAAGAGCCACUACGUUGAUGACUUCCUUGACAGUUUUGGCAGUGAAAGUGAAGCAGAAAAGGUAUCGGCAGAGGUGCGGCUAGUCCACAAAAAUGGAGGGUUCCAUCUACGCAACUGGAGAUCGAAUAGCAAAAGGGUUCUGACAGGUCUAGGAGAAUCGGCAGAAGGAGACAGCAAAAACCUUAAUCUAGACUGUGGGGAACAAGUGGAUCGAGUCCUCGGAAUGUUAUGGUCGGCGAGUUCGGACGUAUUGAGCUUCUCUGCGCAUAUGAGUGACGAAGUAAGGAACCUUCUAGAAAGCAAUACUCGACCGACCAAGCGCCAAGUGCUACGGUGCGUAAUGUCCCUUUUCGAUCCGCUUGGGUUGCUUGCACCAUUUAUAAUCCACGGUAAAGUGCUGAUCCAGGAGCUGUGGAGAGCGGGAACGGAAUGGGACGAAGGUGUAGGUGAUGAGGUGUUCGAACACUGGAACCGGUGGAUAAGGAUGAUCGAGUUCGUAUCUACUGUGAAGAUACCGAGGUGCUACUUUCCACGAGCUACGGAAGCGACAUAUAAAAAUGCCCAGCUUCACGUAUUCGUUGACGCCAGUGAAAUUGCUUACUCGUGCGCGGUCUACAUUCGAACGACUGAAGGCGAGGGGGCUCCCAAUUGUGUUUUAGUUUCCGGAAAGACCAAGGUAGCUCCGCUGAAACCGAUGUCCAUUCCAAGGCUGGAACUGCAAGGAUGCGUCCUCGGAACACGUUUGCUAAACUUUGUGCUCGACAACCAUCCUACUCCAUUCGCCAAACGAUUCCUUUGGACGGAUUCUACAACUGCGCGAUCAUGGAUCCGGUCGGACCCGCGGCGUUACAAGCCUUUCGUAGCUCACCGUAUAGGGGAGAUUUUGGAGACCACGGACGUUAGCGAAUGGCGUUGGGUGCCUUCUAAGCUUAACCCAGCAGAUGAGGCAACCAAGUGGGGUCAGGGACCCUAUUUUAAUCCCGAUAGUAAAUGGUUUGAUGGGCCGGACUUCUUGCGUUUUUCGGAAGAAGCAUGGCCAAAAGCGAACGAUUUGAUGGAAUCUACAACUGAAGAGGUCAGACCAGCAGUAAUGUUGCAUUUCGCAUUUGAACCAGUAUUGGAUUUUAAUCGAUUUUCGACGUGGACAAGGCUACUACGAACCGUGGCAUACGUUCUACGCUUUCUGUCCAAUAUCUCCAAACCGAAACCGAAGAUAGGUGGAUCUCUAAUGCAAACCGAGCUGCUCGGUGCAGAAAACACUAUUUGGAAGCUGGUACAGCGAGAAAGUUACCCGGAUGAGAUAGCCAUUCUGGAGCGGGCUAAAUCUGAUCCGACUGCGAAAUUCGAGCCCCUUGAUCGGAGAAGCCAACUGUAUACGUUGAUGCCAACGAUAGAUGAGAUCGGGUUGCUGAGACAGCAAAGUCGUAUAGUAGCUGCGGAGUAUGUUGCGUACGAUACUCGGUACCCAAUAAUUCUCCCCACGAAACACCGAGCAGUGAGCCUCCUGACAGAAGACUAUCACCGACGUUACCACCAUGCGAACAAUGAAACCGUUGUCAACGAGCUUCGGCAACGUUACGUGAUCUCGAGUUUACGUCGCCUCGUAAAGACCGUCUCUUACAAGUGUCAAAUGUGCAAAAUCCGUAAAGCUCGUCCAACCAAUCCACCAAUGGCCGCGCUACCUCCUGCCCGCCUGGCCGUACACGUUCCCCCUUUUACUCACGUAGGCCUGGAUUAUUUUGGUCCAUUCUUCGUGAAGGUGGGGAGAUCUCAGGUGAAGAGAUGGAUAGCACUCUUCACAUGCCUCACGAUUCGAGCUGUUCAUCUCGAGGUUGCUUUCAGCUUGUCGACGGUAUCCUGCAUUUCCUGCGUACGACGAUUUAUCGGACGUCGAGGUCCGCCGAGUGAAAUAUUUAGCGAUAAUGGCACCAACUUUCAGGGGGCAGAACGCAUUCUACGAGAGCAGAUCAGCAAAGGACUCUCCGAAACGUUUACUAGCACAACAACAAAGUGGAAUUUUAAUCCGCCUGGGGCUCCACAUAUGGGGGGUGCUUGGGAAAGGUUGGUACGGUCUGUCAAGUCGGCUAUGAAGGAUGCUUAUAACGAGGGAAAAUUGAGCGAUGAAGAACUGUUGACGCUGGUUGUAGAGGCAGAGAACAUUGUCAAUUCGAGGCCUCUGACAUACUUACCAUUGGACUCCGAAGAGUCUGCUGCUUUGACUCCUAACCACUUCCUUUUGGGACAGUCUAGCGGAGCCAAGCCAGCGAGUGUUGAUAGCAGUGGAUCUCAGACGAACCUACGGGAUACCUGGGGAGGCAUUCGACGCCAACUGGACAUAUUUUGGCAGCGUUUCUUGCUGGAGUAUCUCCCAGUCAUUAGGAGGCAACCGAAAUUGUUCAGUGAAACCAAACCACUACGGGUCGGUGACCUAGUCCUGGUGACGGACGGCGAGCGGCGUAACGAAUGGAUCCGAGGCAAAAUAAUCCAGACUUUUCCGGGCGUCGAUGGAAGGGUUCGACAAGCUUCCGUGCAGACACGACAGGGCAUUUUUAGGCGACCAACAACUAGGCUUGCGGUGCUCGACGUAGAUGUUCGUAGUGCUGUCCCCGAAGACUUUGGGAAGCACCGGGGGGAGGAUGUUGAAACCGGUACCGCCGAGAUGGUCACCCUAGAUCAACCGAUUCAACCGCUUGACUGA